CGGCAAGUCUUUCUUCGCGCAUCGCUCGCCACGAGGAGCACUACGAGCAGCUGCAGAGACGCCAUCACAGCAUCCUACGUGCCUACUUUCCUAGCGUUGUUGCUGGUCUGCCGCCCAGCCAGAGGGCCGUCUAUCCUCAAUUAUGGUAUGGCGUGCGCCGCCCACGCGGCGAUGAGAUGGGAUGGCUGUCCCAUGGAUCCGUCUACGCCGCAUGAGCGACAGCCAGAGACUCAGAGUAUGCACGCUCUCGCGUGCUUCUCCUCUGGAACAAACGUACUUGUGCAACUAAGGGUCAUCAGUCUAACCUUUCGGGACUUGGGUCCUUACAACAUGGCACCACCAUGGCAAUCUGGACCUGGGCCCUGUCCACGGCAGUCGUUCUUAUUGGCAUUUGUGCGCCUGGCCAAGGGAACCCCGACGCUGCAUCCAACCGUUUGCGGCGCAUCAAGAAGGAAAGAAAAUUACGGUGCCUGGCCAAAGCUUCCUUCCCCAAGCACGCUCUGGGAUGGCCCUGGGCUUCCUGGUCUCUCUGAUGCAGAUGAUGUUGGUGGAUUUGAGGCGGGGCCGAUGAUGGGGACCCCAGUGCCGUUGCGCCGUGGGAUGAACGGCCAGAAAGUUUUGGCCCAUUGCCAAGAUUGGCUAUCGGCACUGGACAUAUUGCCUUGCCAUUUCGAUGGAGGAGCCGCCUCUUCAGAUUUUGCUGCUUUGAAGCCCUUUGACUGGCCCAAACUGCCCAUCUUUCCUAUGCUAUCCAUCGACGGCCCGCCACAUGUAAGAGAGGCAACCGCUGGAGAGGGGAAAUGA